AUGGCAGCCCACAACUGGAAGUUUGACUUUGCAACCUCAGAACCAAAGCGUCCUAUCGUUGACCCACCAGGAUUUUCUGGAUUGAAGGACGUCGCAUCAAAGAACCAGGGAAACCGCGGCCCAGUGGUCGACAACGAGUUGUUGAAAGUCAAGAAAGCUUGGGAUGUCGCAUUGGCGCCAGGAAAGCAAUUGCCUAUGCAGGCGUUCAUGCUCUGGAUGAGUGGAAACAGUGUUCAGAUCUUCUCUGUCGCCAUUACCGCUAUGCUCAUGUUCUCGCCUAUCAAAGCGCUCAUGUCCAUGUCCCAAGUGUUUGAGAGAUACGAGACCCCUUCGCCUGUGAAGGUCAGCUUCAUGGACAGCAAGUUGGCCCUACCCAAGGUGACCUUUGUCGCCCUCCAGCUGUUGACUAUUCUCUUUGGAAUGUACAAGUUGAACGCGAUGGGACUGCUUCCUACCUCACACUCAGACUGGCUGGCAUUCAUGGAUCCCAAAACGCCUCUUGAAUACGCCGCAUAG